AUGUCUUUCUCCACCACCACCGCCGCCGCAUUUCAGCACCGUUACCGCCUUCCACCACCACCGUCUUCCAUCACUAUCGCCGCCACCUUCUUUCACCUCCGCCACUGCAUUUCACCACCACUGCUACCACCGCAUUUUAGCACUGUCACCGCCUUUUACCACCACCACUUUUUAUUACCACCGUCACCGCCUUCUUUCACCACCACCACCACCACCUUUCACCACCUCCACCUCCUUUCAUCACCACCACGACCACCUUCCACCACCACCGCCACCGCCUUCCACCAUCUUCCACCAACACAAGCACCACCGCCUUCCACCACCGUCACUGCCUUCCACCACCACCAGCGCCACCGCUUUUCACCACUGCCACCACCCGCCACUGCCGUCGCCUUCCACUACCACCCCCACCACCUUCCACCAUCACCACACUACUACUAA